CUCCGUCCACCUUCAAUCACCUCACGAGGCGGCGGGUGGCCACUGUAAGCGGGAAAGUCGUCGCGGCUGUGAAGGGAGCAGGAAAGGAGAAGCUGCUGCUUGCUGCUGAUGAUGUUGCAGGUUGCAUGUUGGCCUAUGCUUGCGACGAUCGACACCCUGCGGUGGGUGAACCUAGAAGAUGAACGAGGAUGAAGAAGGCAGACGGAUAGCACGAUUGAUAUACUGAUAUCUCUAGUGCACCAUCCAUGUGGCGUUUCGGCAAAGAUAGCAAGGCAUGUUGACUGGACUUUGCCGGACCUUGUACGCUAUAGAAUGUCGAAACUGUAGAUGCCAAGUCGUGAGAAGUCGGAUUGAGCGCAAGCCGUCCGCCAUGUGCGGUUCCUGCAAGCGGCGCUCAGUUGCCGAGCGCCUGCCUUGCAAGUCGCAUGGGGAAUAUGUAUGGAGCAACUGGAGCGAGCGCAACCGAAGCGUGCCGGAGGGAACGAUGACCUGCCGCCGCCAUUGUUUUCAUGGCUGGUUUCUAAUGAUGAAUAAAACACCGCUGGCUUUGUCGUUGGUACACACUAGACUGGAUGGGGCGACAGCACUAUCGAAGGAGAACCGCACAACGAAGGCUGGGUUCCAGUAUACCGCCGAACAUGUGCCAUGCAGGGAUUGUCCUUUUCACACGUUCUUGAUCGCCUCGCGGCAGCUUCAGAGCCCAGAAGGCGGCCAGCGGUUCCGUGCAGCUUGGAGAGUGCAUGUGCCCACUCAGCAGCAGAGCGCGCGACGUGCGAGGAUAUGCAUGGGUGGAGGACGAUGCUGCCACUACUGCACUCGGACGGGUGGGCAUGAUACGAGUAGACUGACUACUUUUGACAAUGGAGGGUGAACCUUGAGCAGGCGGCAGCUGACGAUCGAUCGGCAUGAG